AUGGCGGACUCUGUGCUCCCUGGAAUCCCGGGGUACGACCCUCACAACCUCCAACCAUGGACCGUUGAGGUCGUCGCAUCAGUGACCGUCCUCGCCGUUGUGUCAGUAGCGCUGAGGUUGUACUACUUAGGGUGCCAACAUCUCACGGCCGGUGACAACACCACUGACUCCAACCCUGGCCAGUUAUGGAACUUCGUCGUCGUCGGAUUCAUUUUUGCCAUGCAUAGCGCCGGUAUGGGCAUUCACGCAGACCAUGUUUCCAUGGACAAUCUUGUUCUCGUGGCCAAGUUCCUCGUCGUGGCCGAGAUCCUCUACAUUUUUAAUCUGGUGUGGACCAAAAUCGCCAUUUUGCUGAUGUAUUACCGCAUUUUCCACUUCGCCUAUUUCAAGAAAAUGGCCUACGGCAUCGGCGGCUUCGUCGUGGCCUGGUGCAUAACGUGUACCUUUCUUUUCAUUUUCAUCUGUGUGCCUGUGGAAAAACUAUGGUAUCCGGAUCUCCCCGGCCACUGCAUCGAUCAAGUCGGCACCUGGAUCGCAAACGCGGCAUCCACCAUCCUCACCGACGUCGUCAUCCUGAUCCUGCCAAUCCCGCAGGUGUGGAAGUUGCAGCUGCGGAGGCCGGAGAAGAUCGGUGUCACCAUCGCCUUUUGCUUGGGCUUCUUCGUCGUCUUUGCCUCCGCAUACCGCUUCAGCGUCCUCUUCUCCUACACCAACGACGACCCAAGCUACAGCCUCGCCCCUACCGUGGGGUGGACGGCCAUCGAAAUGUCCGCCGGCAUCGUUUCCGCCUGCCUCCCGACCCUCGGCCCCGUCAUGACCUUUUUUGCCGGCAAAGUGGGCAUCAAGCGGACCAUCCUGACCUCCCGCGCCGGAGCCACCACUGGCGCCUCGUCGAGGAACUUUCCCAAGUCGACAACGCCGUCCCUCAGCGACCGCACCGAGGUGGAGCUCCACAAGUCUACCAAGAAGGAUAACGGGACGUUUUACCGUUUGCCCGACGAUCAGACCUCGGGGAAUACAACACGGGGGGUGGAUGCCGAGCUCCGACCGGAACAUGGAUACGGGUAUACUGUGACGAGUCGGCCGGCGGGUCCGAAGGCGGAUGGAGCCAGCCUGAGCGGUGACGAGGUCCCGUUGCAUGGUAUCCGGGUACAUAAAGACUUCAAGCAGGUUGGCGCUUGA